AUGUGGAACGACACCGCCAUCCAGAAUCUCAACCCGGAGCUUGCUCCUUUCCUGCCGCAGAAGGCGAUCCGCAUCGUGUACCAGUCCAACAACUCCAGCAUCACGCUCACCUUCAACACGGCCAUGGGCCAGCGCGUGCCCGAGUACGCCCAGGUCAUCGGGUUCGUCAGCGGUUUCGGCGAUUCGCCGGCCAUCAAGAACGGCGCCGGAGUGCCCGUCAACGGCUUCGGCUUUCCGCAGAUGCUCGAUGCCACCACCUACAGCUUCGGCCUCACCAUCUCGCAGCAGCUCACCAAGAAGGUGCUCCCCGUGUCGCUCUGGAACACGGCCGGCCGCCUGGUGAGCCCCACCACCGAGUCUGUUCUCUCCGCCAUCCAGGACAACGUGGACCUUCUCAACAGCGGGGCCGACAUCUACACGCUCUACUUUGCCCCGGGCGAGAACAGCUGGCCCAUCAUCGCCAUCAACUCGAUGAUCUUCCACUCGCGCAACAUGCCCGACUGCCGCAAGGCCAAGGCCCUCGUCGAUUGGAUCUACUGGAUACAGACCGACCCCUUCGGCAAGAGCAUCAUGGACUCCUCGGGCUUCGUGGCGCCGUACCGCGUGCAGGAGUUUACCAAGACCCUCUUCAAGAAGCUCGCCAGCGUCACCUGUGAGGGCGUUCACGUGAGCCAGCUCUACGGCUGCGUGACCGAGGACGGCCUGCUCUGCUCCGACCACGGCACCUGCACCGAGGGCGUCUGCUCGUGCGAAGCGGGCUGGGUGGGGUCCCUGUGCGACACCGUCGACUCCCGUUCCUCAGAUUCGUCUUCGUCGCCCGUCCUGGGUCUCGCCCUGGGCAUCGCCCUGCCGGUCGUCGUGCUCAUUGUGUGCCUGGCACUGUUGGUGGUCCUGAUCGUCUUCCUCGCCAUGCGCCGCGGCAAGGAGACGGAGGCCUUCGUACAGGAGAUGCGGGUCAUGAGCAAGUUGAGACAUCCCAACGUGGUGCUCUUCAUGGCCGCCUGCAAGAAGCCGCCCAUCCUGUGCAUCGUCAUGGAGUACAUGGCCCUGGGCAGCGUGUUCGACCUGAUCAACAACGACCUCGUGCCGGACGUGCCCAUGGGGCUCAAGCUCAAGAUGACGUUCCAGGCCGCCAAGGGCAUGCACUUCCUCCACUCGUCGGACAUCGUGCACCGCGACCUCAAGUCGCUCAACCUGCUGCUCGACAACAAGUGGAACGUCAAGGUCUCCGACUUUGGCCUCACGGCGAUCAAGGACUCCAUCGGCAAGGGAGGCGACAAAGCCCUCGUGUGCAGCGUGCCGUGGACCGCGCCCGAAGUGCUCCAGGACGAGGUCGGCGAGGACGUUGACUACACCAUGGCCGACGUCUACAGCUUCGGCAUCGUCCUCUGGGAGACGAAGGACUACUCCGCGGACAGCAGGGACAAGGAGAUGGGCCUGUGCUCCUCCAACUGCUGCCCUUGGAUCGUCGACAGCCGCCGCAUCAGCCUGGGCGAAUCGCUGGGCGAGGGCAACUACGGGCGGGUCUACAGGGGCACCUACAACGGCAAGCCCGUCGCUGUCAAGCGCCUCUUCAACUCACGUCUGGACGACCGCGGGAUGCUCAUGCUACGCCGUGAGGCCGCCAUCCUUUCCGAUCUGGUGCAUCCCAACAUCGUGCAACUCAUCGGGCUCUCGCUCAGCGAAGGCAACCUGAUCCUAGUCAUGGAACUCGUGGAGAGGGGAAGCUUGCACUACGUCCUCGCCGACAGGUCCCUCAAGCUGUCCUGGCCGAAGCGCCUGUCAAUGCUCCGGGACGCCGCUCUGGGCAUCAACUACCUCCACUCCCUCGGGGUGAUCCACCGCGACCUCAAGUCCCACAACCUGCUCGUCGACGAGAACUGGGGCGUCAAGGUGGGCGACUUCGGGUUCGCCACGGCCAAGCAGGACAACGCCACCAUGACCCGCUGCGGCACGCCCUCCUGGACGGCGCCGGAGAUCUUGUCUCCGCCGCCCGGAGGGGCCAAGUACGACGAGUCGGUCGACGUGUACUCGUUCGGUAUCGUCAUGUGGGAAGUGCUCACCAGGCGCGCGCCCUACCACGAAAAGAACGCAGUCUGCGUGGCGGUGGACGUCAUCCAGGGCCAACGGCCCCCCAUCCCUCCCGAUACCGACAAGCAGUUCGCCCAGCUGAUGCAGCGGUGCUGGGACGCCUCCCCCCGAAAGCGCCCCUCGAUGGACGAGAUCAUGGCCUACCUCAACUCCGCCCUCGACAAGAUAGAAGUGUAA